UUGGGUGGAACUGAGUGGCAAGGGAAGGGCUGGGAGAAAGGGCUUGGGCAUUGCUCAGCAAAGUCUCCCUUGACUUAUCACUGUCUCCUAUUUCAACAGGACCUCAUGUCCAGAGCGAAGAAAUGUCCAACAGCAGCUCCAUCAGCCACUUCCUCCUGCUGCCAUUGGCACACACGCGGCAGCUGCAGCUCCUGCACUUCUGCCUCUUCCUGGCCAUCUCCCUGGCUGCCCUCCUGGCCAACGGCCUCAUCAUCAGCGCCGUAGCCUGCGGCCACCUCCUGCACAGCCCCAUGUUCUUCUUCCUGCUCAACCUGGCCCUCAGCGACCUGGGCUCCAUCCUCACCACUGUCCCCAAAGCCAUGCACAAUUCCCUCUGGGACACCAGGAACAUCUCCUAUGAAGGAUGUGCUGCACAGGUGUUUUUGCUUCUCUGGUUCCUUGGAUCAGAGCUUGCCCUCCUGACCAUCAUAUGCUACGACCGCUACGUGUCCAUCUGCAAACCCCUGCACUACGGGACCCUCCUGGGCAGCAGAGCUUGUGCCCACAUGGCAGCAGCUGCCUGGGCCAGUGCCUUUCUCAAUGCUCUGCUGCACACAGCCAAUACAUUUUCCCUGCCCCUGUGCCAUGGCAAUGCCCUGGGCCAGUUCUUCUGUGAAAUCCCACACAUCCUCAAGCUCUCCUGCUCCAAAUCCUACCUCAGGGAACUUGGGCUCAUUGUGCUAAGUUCUUUUGUAUAUUUUGGCAGUUUUGUGUUCAUUGUUUUCUCCUAUGUGCAGAUCUUCAGGGCUGUGCUGAGGAUCCCCUCUGAGCAGGGACGGCACAAAGCCUUUUCCACCUGCCUCCCUCACCUGGCCAUGGUCUCCCUGUUCCUCAGCACUGGCAUUUUUGCCAAUCUGAAGCCCCCCUCCAUUUCCUCCCCAUCCCUGGAUCUGUCCCUGUCAGUUCUGUAUUCAGUGGUGCCUCCAACCUUGAACCCCCUCAUCUACAGCCUGAGGAACCAGGAGCUCAAGGCUGCUGUGCGGACACUGAUCACUGGGCGAUUUCAGAGAAACUGA